AAGGAAACUCUGUUAAAACUAACAUAGAGACCUAAAGUUGUUUUUUUUUUUGUUUUCUUUGAUUGGCAAAGAAAAUUUAUUAAAUAUUAAAGUGUAGUCAAGGGGCACUUCAUGUAGGGUUAAAGUUGUGAUACAAAUAGAAAUAAGGUUGCCUAUUUAUGAAUCCAAGUUAUUAAGAUCAAGGUACCAAUAAAGAAACUCUAAGAGAAAGGUAAGGUUUGUUAAAGGAAACCAAGGGGUUUUUACAAGUCUAAAUAAUGAACUACUACCAAAGAUAUAAAGAGUGUUGUAAACCUAAAAAUAUUCUUGAAGAAGAAUGGGUGUUGAGAAAAGCAAAGCCAUUUCGCGUUCUGCUGUUCUUUCUUCCCGCUGCAGCCACCCGGAAGAAAAAAAAAGAGGAACCCAGCCAUGCCUUGGAAAACCGGUGAGAAAGAUUGGUUUUUGGCCUUCUUUUCUUGCUCUAGAACACAAAUUGAACCCAGAAAUUCUCCCCCCCCCUGCUGGAAAAUCCAGAUCUGCUUUGCUCUGUCCGCCGGCUGCUCUUGUUGUGGGGGCGAAUUGCUUUGAUUUUCUGAUUCCCCCUGAAUUUUCCCUGCAUUCCCGCCGGCUCCUCCCCAAAUUGCAGCUCCGGCCUUGCUUGCUGGAUUCCGGUUCUUGAUCCUUGGGGUACUUUAGUACGUGAAUUGAGUGCUCAGUUUUAUGCAAUUUGCGGUAAGUAAAUUUAUGGUAAUGCCCGUACAGUUUUUAAAAGCAUGUUUUGAUUUAUUUUUGAAGUGGUGGCGGGACUAAACCCAUUUUACACAAAUAUGAGCAUGACUGAUUUGAAAUGAGAUUAUUAUGUGUUCCAUUGAAUUCAGCAUGCCUACUUGAAAUUUAAUUAAUUGUCCUGAUGAUUUGAAAGUGAUUGGGAAUUAUGAUUAUUCUGUUAUCUUCUGCCUGUUUUGUCUUCGAUGUGGUCAUGUUAUUAGUGACCCUGCUAGUGGGGAUUAUACGCUAGCACAUGUCGACAUGUUAUUGGUAGAACCAGUUCGUUCAACCCUGUUAGUGGGGGUUAUACACCAGCAAAUAGUGUGCUUGCCAGUGGGAGGUUUAUAACAUUGGCUGUGACCUAUAGAGGAGACGUCUAUUUCAUUUCUGUACCCGUAUCUGUUUUUAUGAUUAUACUUGUUGGCAUGUUAUAAGUUUAAUAAGGGACACUCCAUAUUUUACUUACUGAGUUUAUCUCAUAGUUUUCCUUGUCCACCAUUUCAGGAAGCGAAACCGAGGACGGAGAAACCACGAGAAGUGACGAGUUAGAAGGCUAACCAUUUUGAGAUUGAUAUAGAUUUAGAUAAAUCAUGAUCUUGUAAACUAGAGUGUAUUGGAGAUUUAUGAUAUCAGAGCAGAUUUUAAGAUUUGAUCUUCAGAUUUUGAUGGUAUCAGAUUGUGGUAUGAUUAAGUUCCGAACCUUGUGCAUUUGUGGGACUCUAUCACGAGUGCACGGCGUCUGCCACAUCCCCGGAUUCGGGUUUUGGGGCGUGACAAGAUCUUUUACUCAAAUAAAUCUAAAUCCCUAGA